CUGAGAUGGCAGCUGUAAUGUAGCAUUGCCACAUUAGGGUGAGUCAUCACGAUCCACCACCUAUUUUCUUCUGACCAAAGUUCUAGAACGCAACCUCAGUUUGGAACAAUGAGCUAUGCAACACGUCAGGCGAGUGGCGUGGCAGGCAUUAUCACACCGUGGAACCUUCCCAUGUAUCUGCUGACUUUCAAGAUUGCCCCAGCCCUUGCCGCUGGGAACACAGUUGUGGCGAAACCCAGUGAGAUAACUUCUGCAACUGCAUGGAUGCUGUGCAAGGUGUUUGAAGAGGCUGAACUACCUGCCGGCGUUGUCAACAUGGUAUUUGGGUCUGGAGCAAAAGCUGGAGAGGCUAUCGUCAAACAUCCUGGAAUACGUAUGAUUUCAUUUACUGGUAGUGGACCCGUUGGGGCUCGUAUUACAGAGGCCAGUAGCCAUUUCUGGAAAAAAGUCUCAUUAGAGCUGGGAGGCAAAAAUGCAGGAAUUGUGUUUGAUGAUGUGAACAUGGAUGCCUGUGUAGAGGGUUUAAUCAGAGGUUCCUUCACUAAUCAAGGUGAGAUAUGUCUGUGCACCAGUCGCAUAUUUGUGCAGACAGGGAUCUUUCACUCAUUUCUGGAGAAGUUUGUUAAAGCUACCAGGAACAUAAAAGUUGGAGAUCCCAAGGAUCCAAACACAAAGAUGGGUCCACUAGUCAGCAUUGGGCACCUAGCAAAAGUCAAAAGUUAUGUAGCUGCUGCAAAGGCGGAUGGUGCCACUAUACAAUGUGGAGAGGGAGUCGACCCCUUAGAGCUACCACCAGGAAACGAGGGAUACUACAUGAGACCAACAGUGAUCACUAACAUUGCCGACACACACCAAUGCAUGCAGGAUGAGAUAUUUGGACCUGUUACCUGCAUUGUACCAUUUGAAGCUGAGGAGGAGGCAUCUGGCGUGGACGUUCUCAUGAGCGCAGCGUUGCGUGGCAUGACCAGCAUCAUCACCGGAAAGGACCUGAACCAAAGGCUUAACGCGGCAUACCGUCUCCAUCCGAUCACCGUGGUUGCUGCAGAUUUCUACUCAAAUAGUGCCAAAGACAUACAAGAGCUGAGUGACUACUGGAGACAGCCAGAAAAAACCUAA